ACUGAUACUGUUGUUAACAUUAACAAUUUGAAAAAAAAUUAUUACAUUAAUUAUAAUUUGCAUGGUUUUAUGUGAUAUGAGCUAUGCAAUUGUUAGAUUUAAUCACCAUUGGUAGUGUGGUGUAUUGUAGAACAACAGUUAUUUGAUGGGGGAGUUAGGGUAUUUUUGAGACAUAUUUUGAUGUGCCAGGAAACAGGAAAUACAUAUCUUCAGAGAACAAGGAAGUGAACGUGUAGUUGAGCUGUUGUGUGUUGUGUCUCUGUAAUCAUGAAGUAAAAUGGCGGAAGCCCGCUUUUCUCAGGAUGAUCUCUUGUGUCCAGUGUGUCUGGAUCUCCUGAAGGAUCCAGUGACCAUCCAGUGUGGACACAGUUACUGUAAGAUCUGUAUUACAGACCGCUGGGAUCAGGAGGAUCAGAAGAGAGUCUACAGCUGUCCUCAGUGCAGAGAGACCUUCAGUCCAAGACCUGUUUUAGCUGGAAACACCAUGCUGGCUGAACUGGUGAAGAAACUUAAGAAGAGGAAACGUCCUGCUGACUGUGACGAUGGAGCUGGAGAUGUGCAGUGUGACGUCUGUGCUGGAGGAAAAUACAAAGCUGUCAAGUCCUGUCUGAUGUGUCAGGAAUCUUACUGUCAAAAUCAUUUUGACCUUCAUGAGGAAUUUCAUGUACGUAAGCCACACAAAGUGAUUGAAGCCACUGGACGACUGCAGGAGAUGAUCUGCCAGAAACAUGAGAAACAUUUGGAAAUGUACUGUAUUACUGACCAACAAUGUAUUUGUGAGCUGUGUACAAAAUAUGAACAUAAAAACCACAACACUGUAUCAGCCGCAGCACAGAGGACAGAGAAACAGAACCAGCUGAAGAAGAUGCAGAAGACAUCCCAGCAGAGAGAGAAAGAUCUUCUGCAGAUGAGAGCGGCUGUGGAGUCUCAUAAGCGCUCUGCACAGACAGCAGUGGAGGACAGUGAGAGGAUCUUUACUGAGCUCAUCCGAUCCACUGAGAGACGCUGCUCUGAGCUGGUACGGCUCCUCAUUCCUGAUAUCAGAGAUCAGGAAAAGACUGCAGUGAGUCGAGCUGAAGGACGACUGAAGCAAAUUGAGCAGGAGAUCAAUGAUCUGAGGAGGAGAGACGCUGAGCUGGAGCAGCUUUCACACACACAUCACAUCCAGUUCCUGCAGAGUUUCCCGUCUCUCUCAGCACCUCCUGAAUCUACAGACAUAAAUGACAAUCCCUUCAGUUCUCUCAUCUCUUCUGCUGGUCUGAGAGAAUCUGUCCAUCAGCUGAGAGACAAACUGGAGGAUUUCUGCAAAGAGGAGCUCAAGAAGAUCUCAGACAGAGUCACAUUCAACAACAUUGUUCCCACAACCAGGAACGACUUCCUACAAUAUUCCCGUCAGUUCACUCUGGAUCCAAACACAGCAUAUAACCGCUUCCAUCUGUCUGAGAACAACAGAGUGAUUACUGUCACUAACACAGUCCAGUCGUAUCCUGAUCAUCCAGACAGAUUUGAUAAGUUUCGUCAGGUGUUGUGUAGAGAGAGUGUGUGUGGACGCUGUUACUGGGAGACUGAGUGGAGUGGAUGUGAUUAUGGACUGCGUAUAGCAGUGUCAUAUAAGAGCAUCGGCAGGAAGGGACGGGGUUAUGAGUGUAAGUUUGGAUAUAAUGAUCAGUCCUGGAGUUUGGACUGCACUCCCCCGAGUUACUCAUUCACACACAAUAAGAUGGUGACUGAUCUCCCUGUAAAGUCCAUCAGCAGUAGAAUAGGAGUGUUUGUGGAUCACAGUGCAGGAACUCUGUCCUUCUACAGCGUCUCUGACACAAUGAGCCUCAUCCACACAGUCCAGACCACAUUCACUCAGCCGCUCUAUCCUGGGUUUUGGGUUUCUGGAUCAUCAGUGAAACUGUGUUAGACUCAGAAUAGACUGACGAGAGAUUCUACCCAUAAUGCUUUGAGCUGCAAGAUAAAUCAUAAAUCAUGUUCAUGUCCCCAUUUUUCAAAACGCUUAUAAAUCAUACAGAAUGAGGUUUUUUUGAGGAAGUAAAAAUACACAAAGUUUCCUGUGAGGGUUAGGGUUAGGGGUAGGGUUGGUGAAGGGCCAUAGAAUAUACAGUUUGUAGAGUAUAAAAACCAUUACACCUAUGGGAUGUCCCCACUUUUCACAAAAACAAAUGUGUGUGUGUGUGUGUGUGUGUGCAUGUAUGUGUGUGUGGUUGUGUGUGUGUGUGAGUCCUGCUGAGUGACGAUGUGUUUCUGUGCUUCUCUCAAACUCUGGGUGCUUUCACACUUGGUUUGAUUGCCUGGUCUGAACUUAAGCUCAAUUGCUUGAUUCAUUGCUUGAUUUAUUUAUGUCACACAGGUUAAAAAAUGAGUCAGAUUUAAAAUCAUUACAAAAUAUGAUCAUAUUUCCAUAAUAAUAUUAAAGCUGAUCACUGAAUUAAAGGUAUACUCUUCCCCCAAAAUGAAAAUGUUUUCAUUAAUCACUUACCCCCAUGUCGUUCCAAACCCAUAAAAGCUUUGUUUGUCUUCGGAACACAAUUUAAGAUAUUUUUGAUUAAAACCGGGAGGCCUGUGUCUGUCCCAUUAUGUUACGAUCAUUAGAUGGAGUGCCCAUGAGCUUCAGUAGAGGGCACUCCACUCAGGACCAUUCCACCCAUCAACCAACAGAUGUCACUUGGACACUAGCACCUCUCAUACUGUUGCACCACACCCAAACUACAUUACCCAUAAGUCACUGCAUCACAAUCACCCUGCCACACCUGCACCUCAUUCAUCAGCCAAUUUCCUUGCCACACCUGCACCUCAUUUACACACACACAUAUAAGCAGCACUCUCACUCACUGUGAAGUCUUGUUUAGCCAGUCUGACAUUUCCGAGCGUUUUCCUUGUGUUUACCUUCUGUACCUGACCCUUGGAUUGUUUAUACCGACUCUGAUUCUCUGCUGCCUGCCCCUGACAUCUGCUUGUUUCUGGUUUCGACUCUGAUUAUCCCUACAUACCUGAUGCCGUUACUGAUCAUUGCCUUUCUGACCAUUCUCAUCAUUAAAGUUCUGCACAUGGA